CUACAAUUGAAUUCCGCUUCAGACGCUCUGAAUGAGCAGAUGCUAGAUGCCGCAAUCAAUGGCCCUUCCCUAAUCCUGUGAUCCCGACGGUUGCCGAUCUUCUGGCAGAAAAAUCCCAACGGAAGAUGGAAUUAUGGGAAAGGCUGCCAGGAGUACUUCUGCUCGUGGUAGAGCACCCGAUUUAAGCGGCCCAGAUAACAAUGAUGGGAAUGACUUUAGGAUGUCGAGUGUCCUGCAGACGAGCACCGAUCUAGCUCCUACUCGCGCCAAUCAAGCUCGAGAGCCAACUCCGCCCUCCAAGGGCAGAGAGGGUCCUAGGAAGUUUGAAUUCGUCCUGGUCACAGAUUCCGAAUCCCGUAGGCAGGUUCGCCGCUAUGCAAUGCGACAAUAUGUUCAUCAGCGCCGCCUGGACGGUAUUGCCCGGCUAGAGUCGAACAAGGCAAGGGUCCGUGGAUGGACGACCACAGGAGCUGGCAGCGAUGGCAUCUCUUCGCCAGCGAUUAAACAAGAGGACCACGAAAGCUCCUGCGACUCGAAAAAUAUUUCCAAUUCCGAGUCCAGCGGGAGCUCUAUCGACUUCGGGGAAUUAGACGCACUCGCUUUGUUCGCUCCGCGAACCGAUGAGGAGAUCAGGGAACGGGAACCAUUUCGUGGAUUGCCGGGUUUAGAUCCACAAGCCGGUCCAAGCUCUGGAGUUAUAGACCCUUUUGAUAGUUAUCCGCUGGCGUUGAGAAAGGGUGACCAUAAUCUUAUACCUCACUUUAUUACGAGAUACCCCCUUAUGAUGUACAAGAUGGGCCAUGCGCACCAACUUAAUCCGAUUAGAGCGAUAUUCCAUCGGGUUGCGAUUCACGACCCCGUUCCUUUUCAGGCCAUGCUAGCUGUCGCGUCGAAACAUAUGGCUGGCGUUCAUGGUCAAACUGACACAGUGCUGUCCCUAACCCACAAAAUGCGUGCGUUGAGACUGCUAAAUGAACGUUUAAAGAAUGAUCCUUGGGGAAAGCACGAAGGUACCAUAUAUACAGCAGCGAGCAUGGCUGUAAUUGAAAAAUGGUCUAAAGCUGAUAGCGUUGAAAGCUUGCACAUUCGUGGGCUUAUACAACUACUAAAGAGACGUGGUGGAAUGCGAGGGAUGCGUAUAGCAGGCCCAACAAGUCAAUUCAUGGAAAAGAUCCUUUAUUGGGUGGAUUUUAGCUGUGCGCCAAGUGCCAUUGUUGGUACCUCCCUUCCAUGGACAGGAAAUACCCCAGACAUAGCCCCUACGCUUCCGUUUAUGGUCCCAAGACUUUGUUUGGACACAUCAGCCCUUUCCGAUGAUCAAGAAAUCACUAGCAUUCUUCAAUCUUGUGAGGAUUUCUUUUCGUUCUUCCAUUCACUUAAUAAGCUGCAGCAAUUCCUCCUUGGCCCUUCUUCUUUAUCGAAAAUCGGGGAUUUGGAGCAAGACAGUCUACCCAAAAACAGGGCACCUUUUGACAGCCUCUCGCCACUAUAUAAUAUUCUGUCGUCCCUUCCAGAUUACGAUCACGGCAUACGUGAUAUUCGCUAUAUUGAUGAGCAUUGCUGCAUGGCAUGCUUGCUAUAUCUUAAUCUUGCGCUUUACGACUACUAUUUGACCUCCCGAAAUUUUAACGAUUAUUUGGCGUGGAUCAAUUUUGAAGUUAGAAAGCUCAAUCCCAACGGCGGUGCUAGCAUCGCAUCUAUACUUUGGAUAUUCUUGGAUAACGGUGGCUUCCCAGGCGGGGAAAUAUCGGAUCAUGGUGAGCGAAAUUGGCUCGUAUCUCGAAUGUUACGAGUUGCCAAACGAUACAAGCGUACAGGACCUAGAGAUAUGUGGGAUUGUCUCCGCUCAACGCUCUUGGGGUUCCUGACUAUACAUCAGGAAUGUGGGAUCGGCGACGACUCCGUUGGCCCGGUAGAACUGAGCGCUCGGAGACGCUGGCGACAUAAUAAACCUAUGAUCAUACUAGAGGAGGCCAGGUUACGCGAAAUGAUGCUUGAUCAGCUUCGUACUAGUCUUCCCACCCCCUGAUUCUGGUACCUAAAAUAUCUAUUAUGUGGAAUCCUUAUGUAGUGUUGCCUUUACGAUGUUUUCGGAAUAACGAGAUACCCCGGAGCAGUAUUGCUUGUGUGUAAGGAGUUUGGCCGCUUUGGGUACAUUUCGAGGGCCAUUCUUCCUGCCUUCGACUCCAGUCCUAUUUUAUAUAACCUGAUUGUUUUCCAUUGUUGCUACCUAUUUCCUGCAUUCUGAACAUAUGACUGUUGUUCCUGAGAUGUGGAUAUACAGGUUGACACACACUGACCAGCCGUUGCGUGGCACAAAGAUCUUUUUGAAAAUUUAACAGGCCCUACCUACAGAGUACAUAACUAGUUAGUACAUCAAUCUAAAUGUUCAAAGCUCCA